CUCCGGAGUGUCCAGGAUGGAGGGGCCAGCUGGGGACCCUUACCGGCGCCCCGCAAGGCGCACGCAGUGGCUUUUGAGCGCCCUGGCGCACCAUUACGGACUGGACCGUGGCGUAGAAAACGAGAUCGUGGUGCUGGCCACCGGGUUGGAUCAGUACCUGCAGGAGGUUUUCCAUCACCUGGACAGCAGAGGGGUCGGACGCCUGCCCCGAGAUGACUUCCACGCGCUCUGCGCCGUGCUGGGGUUGCGCGCCCUUGGGGACCCCAAACCGGCCGCUGGGGACCCCAACCUGGCCCUUGGGGACCCCAACCCGACUCCCCGGGAUAGCCCCGAGGGGGACCCCGAGGAUACCGACGAGGAGGCCCGCCUGGCGCUCAGCCCCGAGCCCCCCGAGCUCUCGUUCCGCCAGUUCCACGCGCGCCUCUGCGGCUACUUUGGCACGCGCGCAGGGGCCCGGCUGCCCCGCGGGGCGCCCAGCGAGCACAUCGAGACGCAGAUCCGCCUGCGACGACCCCGACGCCGCCGCCGCCGAUCCCCGGGGACUCCAGGGGACCCCCACAACGGCCCCGGCUCGGAUCCCGACCCGGAGGGCCCCACGCGCCUGCGGGAGGAGAACAGCAGUUUGCGGGAGCUCGUGGAGGACCUGCGCGCCGCGUUGCAGAGCAGUGAUGCCCGGUGCCUGGCGCUGCAGGUAGGCCUCUGGAAGAGCCAGGCGGGCACACAAGAGGCAGGGCACGACGAACCCCAGGCUGCGGCUCUGGAGCUGCGAGAAGCGCGGGGUGCCCUAGCCCAAGCCGAGGCCCAGGCCGGGAGGCUGCGCCAGGGCCAGACCGAGGUUCGGCGACGCGCCGAGGAGGCCCGGCAGGCUGUGUUGUUGGGGUUACGCCGGGUACGUGAGCUCGAGGCCCUGGCGCGACAGGUCCCCGAAUUGCAGCGCUGGGGGCGACAGCUGGAGGGUGAGCUUCGGCUCUACAGGUCGGAGAGUGCCCAGUGCUCAUCCUCACCAACAUCCUGCCCUGGAUCAGAGACCAAGAGUGGUGUCACUACAGAUGGGGGGCCCAGGAGCCCUGAACCCCCUCUUGAAAGAACCUGGCCGUCAGACAGCAGCUCCGAGAGCAGCAACCUGGACACAGUCUGUGCCUCUUCAGGGGUGGAUGAGCAGCUCUUCCGCUCCGUGGAGGGGCAGGCGGCCUCUGAUGAGGAGGAAGAAGCCGUGGAGAAGUGGCCAGAGGAGCAGAGACCAUCAGCCACCACCAGGAAGCUGUUGGCCGAAAUGUCCAACUGUGGGAGCCGAUGCCAUGACCAGAUGGCCCGGAAGCUAGUGACCUGCUUCAUGGAUGGCGCUGACACCUGUACGCAGGCAGAGCUGGAAGCCCGUGUGGCCGCGCUAGCAGACCAGCUGGGGAGCGAGACCUGUGGCAGGAGAGCCAUGCGACCACCCGGGGAGGAGGCUGAGCUGCUGAGGCAGCAGACAGAGGAGAUCGAGCGGCUGCAGCUGGAGCUGCAGAUGGUGGAGACGGAACGGGUGCGGUUGUCCCUGCUGGAGGAGAAGCUGGUGGACGUGCUGCGGCUGUUGCAGCGGCUGCGGGACCUGAAUAUCUCGAGAAGAGCCCUAGGAAAGAUUCUGCUGACUGCAUUGGAUGCCUGUGUGCCCCUCACAGAAGAGGGGACAGCUGGGCCUGUGGCUACCCUGGAUGCCCUACACCAAGCCCUGGCUGACUGUGAACUUUUCCAGGGAGAGCCGCUGGCACCCGCCUCUGCAGCGCCUGCACUCCCCAAUUCCCUCCUGCUAUCUUGCUGAGACUCCAUGAGUGCCCAUGGUCUAGACACCACCCAGCAGGCUCUGCGGUGUCUCAAAUUAUCAGGCCAGUUCUGUAGUCAGACUUCAUCAUAAUCUAACCUCUACCACCAUCCAGCCUUCACCACAGACCAGCUUCUACCACAGACCAGUCUCUCCCACAGACAGCCUCCACCAUAGAACCACUUCUUCCAUGGACCAGCCCCCCACCAGAGAUCAGCUUCCACCACAGACCACUGGGGAAUAGAAACAUCCCAAACUUUUCAUCAGACCAGUUCUAGAAACCACCCUGCUGCCAUCAGACGAGCUCUCGGAGCAACCCAUCUACCACUGCACAUCUUUGAAACUCAGAGGCCUAGUUGGUUCCUUUUGAGCUGCAGGAGCCUGUGCCCAGAAGUACCCACUAUAGAGCCUGACU